CGACAUUUUCGGAAGAAAUCGGAGAGAAAAAUGGCCACUGGCGAUGCCGCUGCCAACGUCGUUCUCCGCAGAAAGCAAAGCAUAGUGUCUUCUCUCUGCAAACACCUCUCCUUGGAUCCUAAAAUUUUCUUGGAUAGCAUUGUGGAAAAUGAUAUUAAGAGUUUGUGUGCAAAUAUAUUGAAGUCAUCAGGAAGGGCUCCCAAAAACAGUGAUGAGGUGUCCAAGUGGAUAUCUUUUGCAGAGAGUUAUCCUGUAGAUUCUAAGGCAUGCUUUGGGGCCCUCCAUGUUAUAAAUGAGGAAUUGGCUGAAAAGUCAGUUCUCGUGGGUGAUGGAUUGAAACCCUCCGAAGCUGAUGUUAUUGUUUUUUCUUUGCUACAUCCAUUUGUGAUUGGUCUUCCAAAUACAGAGCGGAAAAAGUUGCCACAUUUGGUGAGAUGGAUGGAGUACAUCCAGAGCAAGGAGAAUUUUGGAGAGUUAUUUCCAAAGAUUUUGUUAGAGAAUGAUGUAAUUGAGCUUCCAAAACCAAAAAUUGUAGUUAAGUUGGAGGCAGAUCCAAAUGCAAAAAAGACUGUGCAGAGCACAAAAAAUGCAGAUAAUACAGAAGCAAACCCAAAUUCAAAGAAGAGUGAUGUUGUGAAAAAAGUAACAGGAAAUAAUGCUGCUGCUGAGCAGAAGAAGAAAUUACCUGAAAAAGAAGCAGUUGAGAAAGAUAAAGAAGUCAGCAUCAGUUUGCUCAAUAUACAGGUUGGCCUUAUUCGGAAAGCAUGGAAGCAUCCAUCUGCAGAUAGUUUACUGGUUGAAGAGAUAGAUGUUGGAGAUGCAAAAUUACGGCAGGUGGUCAGUGGCCUUGCAAAGUAUUGUAGUCCAGAGGAGUUGACGAACCGUCGUGUUGUGCUAAUCACAAAUGUUAAACCUGGAAAGCUACGAGAUGUGAUGUCAGAAGGACUGGUGCUAUGUGCUUCCAAUGAAGAUCACACUGGUGUAGAGCCUUUGCUCCCUCCAGAAGGUGCCAAAAUUGGGGAACGUGUUUCAUUUUCUGGGAAUGAGGGCAAACCAGAAGAUGUCUUAAACCCAAAAAAGAAACAAUUGGAGAAGAUAACACCGCAUCUUUUCACUGAUGAUAAGGGUGUGGCCACUUUCAAGGGGAUACCAUUUAUGACUUCGGGUGGCCCAUGCACAUGUUCUAUUCCCAAAGCAAGCAUCAAAUGACCAUGACAUGACACAGGUCCCGCAUUCCACUUGAGCCCGAUGGUGCAGAAGGCCAAGCAGAUCAGAGCGUUAACCCAUCACCCCCCCUGCUUGUUAUAGUGAGAGGUAGUGUGAGUGAGAGCAUAUUAAAAACGACUUUCUUCCCUUUUUUUCUUUGAGAAAUUUGUUUCUGCAAAGGAGCAAUCUUUAGAAGAUCUAUGUAUCUAUCACAAUCUUUUAUUUUAAUUCCGCCAGUAGAAGUUUUCCCUCCUGCAGUUUUGUCA